AGCUGUGAUAUCGACGGACGAGAGGAAACCUUAAAAGCUGCUCCCAGGCCCAAGCUUGCUGGUUUCUUCCUUCCUCCCCUUGCAACUCCCAUUCAGCACUGCCCCGUAGAUCUUCGUCCCAAUGUGUUUCAUUGCCACACAAGCUCCUGUCACGGGAAGCGCCCCCCGACCCGAGGACGAGGAGACUCGGCCGAAGUUCAGUGUCCAUAACGACCACACUGCCUUCAGCCACGCCCUCCUGCAUGCUGGUCUUUAUGGAAUCCUGGGUGAUGGUCUUUCUGCAAAAGAUGAAUCCAUCUUUUGGACACGGUACCAGCCCCCACACGUCGUAAAAGAUAACAGAGAUGUGACGGAUCCUAUUCUACUUGAAAUCAUCACCUCGUCCAUCGUGAAUAUAAAGGCCCGUAUCUUCGAGUGUUAUCGGAGAAGGCCCACGUUAUUUCGGGAGGUGGCCGCCGCCGCCUGGCUAGGGGUAGCCGAAGAAGAGGCAGCCAGAUACGAUGGACAGGAGGACGACGCCAUCGAAGAGGACACCGAAUCAUGCAUUCCCAUCAUCGUUCCCCCAGAGUCUAGCUCGAAGAGGAAGAGGACCCGGGGAUCCAUCUACCGCCCGUUGCCGAUAGACGAAUGCGGCUACAGGCGCAGUUCUUUGCCGGUGGACGCCGCCUAUCACGCCGUCGUCGCGCGUAUAAGCGAUAAGCUGAGGGGCACGGCUCUCGCGACGGGAGAACCACAUCUUAUCCCAGAGCCUGGGCCUGAGCCUGGGCCUGGGCCUGGGCCUGAGCCUGAACCAGAGCCCAUGGAACAAGUGUAAGCUUCUCAGAUAUCUCCCCCUCGACAACACUUUGCUCACCACAUGACUCUUACUCUCCCCCGACCCAAAAGCCACUAACACCAAUCCAGCGAGUGCGUGUCCUGCUUGGACAAGCUCCCCGUGACCGGCGUCAUCAAGCUGACCUGCCACUCCUAUUGCCCAGAAUGCUUCCAACGUCUCAUCGCAACAGCCUGCGAACAUGAGCAGUCCUGGCCUGCGACUUGUUGCCUCAACGAGAUCCCCGCCUGCACCAUCCUCAGCAAUCUUCCCCACGACAGCGAACUCUACGACAUC